AUGACCGGUCUUAGUUAUAAUCUGUUGCAAAUGCAUGUGAGGGAGGGAAUGGUUGCAUUUGAGUCUGAGUCAGGGAAGGCUAUGCCAUGGCAUGGAACUUCUUUGUACGAGACUCUAAAGGCUUUGAAAGAAGAAGCAGCUACCCUUUCUCACUCUUCCCCGAACAUCCAAUCUCUUGAUACGAAUUGGAGACUAUACAAGAGAGGGCCGAUCCGACAAGAGCGAGGAGCUAGCCGCCUUACUCCUUCCCCUUGGAUAGGGCUUGGGAUUGAAAAAUCAAAGGCCCAAGAACGAGCCAAAGAUCAGCUCUUUUCACAAGCCGGAAUGAAGAUGAAGCUUACAACGAGAUGA